AUGGAGGCUACGGAUCCUAAAAAUAAAAACUAUCAAUCCGAUGUAGAUGGUAUUCUCGAUCCAGAAAACGAAACUCCUAUAGAAGAUGACAUUAAAACAUUUCAUGACAAAAUUAGGGAAAAGGUAGACGGUUGCCAUCAACUUCAAAAACAAUGGUACGACAGAGCAACGACCGAAGAAAAGAAGCAACGAGCGAAACGCGAAUAUAGUGACAAAGGCGAGCAUGUGAUCAACAAGAGUAUUAUCGAACUUGAGGAUGGCAUUAUUAAGGAAAUUAUGGGAAAAAAAGAUUAUCAAAUCUCUGAUAGGGAUCUGGAGAGAGCUGGAAAAAUACUAAAGGAAAGUCUCGCACCCAAUCGUACCACUGAAUACGAACGUGCUAAACAAUUUAUUGAAGACACAACAGCCACGUAUACCUAUACAGAUUUUUACUAUGACACUAAUGGUGCAUUGUAUAAAGCCUUUCUUCUUCUUCUUCGUCAAUGUGCUAGAAACUACUUCUGGUGCAUCUACUGCAAAGAGGAUAACGAACAACGAAAACGCUGUAAGCUGGCUCUUAAAACGACAAUUCGAUUUAUGAUCGAAAACCAAAUUUUUGUCGACAAACUCGCAUUAGAAACUUUCAUGAGUCAAACAACAAGCAAAGGCAAAGCAGAAGCAGCAAACCGAUAUGAAGAUGCACGCAAAAUGGUUCAAGGCAAGUUGCAUUACUUGGAAAAAAGUCUUGAAGACGCCGCCCAAACAUUAUCAAAAUGCUAA